AUGGAACUCAGAAAUCAAACAGGUAUUUCAAAAUUCCUUCUCCUGGCACUGACGGAGGAUCCAGAACUACAGCCCCUUUUAUUUAAUCUGUUUCUGUUCAUAUACCUGGUCACUGUCCUAGGAAACCUGAUCAUUUUUCUGGCUGUCAUCUCUGACCCCAAACUCCACACCCCUAUGUAUUUCUUUCUUGCCAAUCUGUCCUUCACUGACAUCUGUUUCAGCACCACCACGAUCCCAAAGAUGCUGGUGAACCUCCAAGUACAGAAUCAGAGCAUCACUUAUGCAGGCUGCCUCACCCAGGUCUGCUUUGCCCUCGUCUUUGUUACUUUAGAAAAUUUUCUCCUUGGAGUAAUGGCCUAUGACCGCUAUGUAGCCAUUUGUCACCCACUGAGGUACACUGUCAUCAUGAACCUCCGCCUCUGUGGUCUGACAAUUCUACUCUCCUUGUUGGUUAGCAUCUUGAAUGCCUUGCUCCACAGUCUGAUGUUAUUGCGACUGUCCUUCUGCACAGAUCUGGAAAUUCCUUACUUCUGUGAAGUUCUUCAGAUCACCAAGGUUGCCUGUUCUGAUAACCUCAUCAAUAAAAUCAUCACAUAUUUUACAGCUACCAUAUUAGGAGGUAUUCCUCUCUCUGGAAUCAUUUUUUCUUAUACUCAAAUUGUCUCCUCCAUUUUGAGAAUGCCAUCAGCAGGUGGAAUGUAUAAAGCUUUUUCCACCUGUGGGUCUCACUUCUCAGUUCUUUCCUUGUUCUACGGGACAGGCUUUGGUUCAUAUAUUAGUGCUGCAUUUACACAGUCUUCCAGGAAGACUGCAGUAGCUUCAGUUAUGUACACUGUGGUCACUCCCAUGAUGAACCCCUUUAUCUACAGCCUGAGAAACAGGGACAUGAAGGGGGCUUUGAGAAAAAUCAUCAGGAGCAUACCUGCUUUUCAGUGA